AUGAAACGAACAAAACAACAACGACAAAACAGUGAUACUGAUGAUAAACAAAAGAAGCUAAAAACCGAUCCGAAUAGAUCAUCACGAAAAUCUUACACUCAUUUUGAAGAUAUUUCAAAUGAAAUUAUCUAUGAAAUAUUCGUAUUUCUUGAUGUUUAUCAUAUGUACACAGCUUUCUUUAAUCUUAAUAUACGUUUUCAAAGUAUCCUUACUGAAUCAAAUCUUCCCAUCAAAAUUAAUCUUUCAUUAAUGUCCAGAUCAACUUUUGAACAUCAAUACAAACAUAUUAUUAUGCUUAAUAUACAUCGAAUAUGUUCACUUCGUCUAUCAAAUCUAUUUACUAUCGAUAUGAUUUUUUCACCAAUUCGAAUUGUAUCCAAAAUGACACGUCUUCAGACUCUUCACAUAAAUAAUAUUCAAUUCAAAUAUGUUGAAAAACUUCUAAAAUAUUUACCAUCUUUACCAUGUCUCUCUUCAUUGAUCAUCAUUGUUGUCGAUUGCGUUGAAAAUAAAAAUAAACUUUAUCGUCAAAUAUUCCGUCUACCCGUAUUGAAAUAUUGCAAAGUAACAAUGACCAAACUUGUUGAAUCUGAACUUCUAUCCAUUGCAAUUAAUAAAUAUAGUUCUAUUGAGCAUCUUGUUAUAAAUAAUGGUUGUCAUUUGCAUGAGCUUAUUUCUCUUUUAUCGUAUGUUCCACAACUUCGCCGUCUUUCAUUGCGUAAUCUAUACGGAACUUUCAUUGAACAAACAGAAUUAAAUUCAAUUGUGUUUAAUUAUUUGACACAUAUUUCUAUAAAUAAAACAAAUAUGAUAUUUGAUGAACUUGAAUUAUUGAUUAGAAAUCAUUUUCCACAAAUUCAAAGCCUGUAUUUUUCAAGAAAUUUCGAUGAUGAAUUUUUAAAUGCAAAUAGAUGGGAACGAUUAAUUUCAUCUUAUAUGUCACAAUUACGUAUUUUUGAUUUUCAUUGUACAAUUUCUACAUUUAACCAACAGAAUUUCCAACAUCUACUUAAUCGUUUUAAUUCAUUAUUUUGGAUUGAGCGACAAUGGUUCUUUGCUCAUCAUAUUCAUUCGACAUCAAGUGAUAACUGUAAUUAUGUGACUAUCUUUUCUACCAAUCCGUAUAGGUUCAAAUAA